GGGGGAGAAGAGGUGGAGAACUGCGCGCGUCGCGCAGGCGCACCGUAGGCGGCUGCAAUGGCGCUGUCGUGUUCUCUGAAUAGGUAUCUGCUGCUCAUGGCGCAAGAGCAUCUGGAGUUCCGCCUACCGGAAAUAAAGUCUUUGCUUUCACUUUUUGGAGGUCAGUUCAUCAGUAGUCAGGAAACUUAUGGAAAGUCUCCUUUUUGGAUUCUUAGCAUUCCCUCUGAAGAUAUUGCCAGAAACUUAAUGAAACGAACAGUGUGUGCCAAGUCCAUAUUUGAACUAUGGGGUCAUGGAAAAUCUCCAGAGGAGCUGUAUAAUUCUCUCAAAAACUACCCUGUGGAGAAGAUGGUUCCAUUUCUGCAUUCAGAUUCUACAUAUAAAAUAAAGAUUCACACAUUUAAUAAAACAUUGACACAAGAAGAAAAAGUCAAACGAAUAGAUGCACUUGCGUUUCUGCCAUUUGAAGGGAAAGUGAAUUUAAAGAAGCCACAGCAUAUAUUCUCUAUUUUGGAGGAUUAUGGUUUGGACCCAAACUGCAUCCCUGAGAAUCCACAUAAUAUUUAUUUUGGUAGAUGGAUUGCAGAUGGACAGAGAGAGCUUAUUGAGUCUUACAGUGUCAAAAAGAGACACUUUAUUGGAAAUACAAGCAUGGAUGCUGGUUUAUCAUUUAUCAUGGCCAACCAUGGAAAAGUGAAAGAAAAUGAUAUAGUCUUUGAUCCAUUUGUUGGAACAGGUGGCCUUCUGAUAGCAUCUGCUCAUUUUGGUGCAUAUGUAUAUGGGACAGACAUAGACUACAAUACAGUUCAUGGCUUGGGAAAGGCUAGUAGGAAAAACCAGAAAUGGAGAGGACCAGAUGAAAACAUUAGGGCAAAUCUUCGUCAGUAUGGUUUAGAGAAGUAUUACCUUGAUGUCCUGGUUUCAGAUGCAUCUAAACCUUCCUGGAGGAAGGGCACAUAUUUUGAUGCAAUCAUCACUGAUCCUCCAUAUGGUAUCAGAGAAUCUACAAGAAGAACAGGUUCUCAGAAGGAAAUACCAAAGGGAAUGGAAAAAUGUCCAGAAAGCCAUGUUCCUGUUUCCUUAAGCUAUCAUCUGAGUGAUAUGUUUUUUGAUCUGUUAAACUUUGCAGCUGAGACCCUCGUGUUAGGUGGAAGACUAGUCUAUUGGUUACCAGUGUACACACCAGAAUACACUGAAGAGAUGGUACCCUGGCACCCUUGCCUGAAACUUAUUAGCAACUGUGAGCAGAAGCUUUCCAGUCACACAUCAAGGCGCUUGAUAACAAUGGAAAAGGUGAAGAAAUUUGAGAACCUGUUCCAAGGAUGAUGAUCUACCAUUAAAUAUUUAAAACAUUAAGAAGAUUCAGAAAUUCUAAAAGAGGGGUUUCCAAGUUGUUUGACACAAUGACAACCUUCUGAAGUGACAAUUUUGGAUGGACAACAUUUAUUUGGAUAUACAGAAGUCCUCUUAAGUAACCUCCAUUUCAAACUCAGUUGAUUAACUAGUACUGGCCAUUUUUGUUCUAAAACACCAAUACUUAUGCCUGUAACAUGUCAGAUACUUCCAGCUGUUGACUUGCUUGAUCUCUACUAUGUGUGUACACUUCUGUACCUACCAGCUGAAUUGUCUGUUUGCCAUGAAUCAGUUGUGUUUGUUUUGUGAACUGUUUAAGUCAGUUAUAUUUGGUAUGGUAAUUAUGUAGUCUAACUAAAUGCUAGUUAGACCAGUGAAAUGUGAGUGUAAGAAUAAAGUUGUCAUUUCUAGAAAAGCUAAAUGCAAUACUUGAGAAAGAUAGGAUAAAGUGAGUUGUGAAGAAAGACUCUUGGACUGGGAAUGGGUGAGAUGACUAAAAAGGGUUGGAAAAGUUAGCCCAUUCUAGGUUUCUCUACCCAGAUUGCUUUUAACAGUCUUUAAGUUCUUGCAUCAUUUUACAGAAGCCAAAACUGAAAAUCUUUGUAUGUCCUGAUUCUAUAUCAAAAGAUUGAUAAAUGAAUAUUUGGUUUUUUAAGUUAAAAUUUCAGUAUAUUUACAAAACUUUUUCAUUUUUUCCUGCUUUUACUGACUUUUUCAAUUAACUGACUGUAGUAUUAGUCUGUUUAGGCUACCAUAGCAGAAUACCACAGACUGAGUGACUUAAAUAACAGAAGUUUAUUCUCUUAUCGUUGAGGAGGCUGGAAGCCCAAGGUCAAGGUGCCAACAGGUUUGGUUUCUGAUGAGACCUCUCUUGCUGGAUUGCAGAUAGCCACCUUCUUGCUAUGUCCUCUGUAUGCACAUACUCUUGGUUUCUCUCUCUGCUUACAGGGACAUCAGUCCUAUUAGAUUAGAGCCCCACCCUUAUGAUUUCAUUUAACUUUAAUCAUCUCCUUUAAGGCUCAGUCUCCAAGUACAGUCAUAUUGUGGGUUAGGGCUUCAGUAUAUGAAUUUUCGGGGGACACAAUUCAGUCCAUAUCACUAACAAUUACCAACAUGUAUCACAAUGAAUAAGAGGCCUCUGUUGCAUGUUAAAGUAUGCUUUCUUCAUGCUCUUCCAGUCAGUUACUUUUCAUGUAUGUGUUUGUCUUUUAGUAUUUUGAGGGAAGUAAGGCAUAUAAUAAUUUAAAUUAGUAACACUGCAGCUCUUAGAAAUCACAGCACUUAAUGUAAUUAUUUGAGUUAGUAAUAACAUUUAUGUGCCAGGCACAUGAGUAAUACAUGUAAAAAAUAGAAAUAGUACCUGUAGAUUUUAUAGUUGUAAGUCUUGAUAUUAGAAAGUAAAAUGAAUGACAUCAGUAUUCUUUAUUCUGUGGCCUCCAUAAGUAGUACUUGCACCAUAUGAUAGUUAUGAUGGCCUGAAACACUGUUCAGAAGAAAAUAUAGAGAAAGUACUCUAAUAAUGGGGACCACAUAAUAAACCAGUCAUUUCUAUCUUAGUGGCAAAAUUGAGACCUGUUGUCAUUUUGCAUUUGCUUUCCUUUAAGUUUAAUUUAUUUAAGAAAAUCUUUUUUUUCCAGUACUCUUUCCAGAUUUAUAAUAUUUCUGUAGGCAGUCUGUUUGAUACUUGGAAGACGUAGAGAAUGAUCUACGCAUGUAAAUGCUGACUAAGGGCACUCACCUUAGAUGUUUUUAAACCUAGAAAGGCAGUGUUAAUUUUUGUUUGUUUUUAUUAUUUUACUUUUGUCCUUUCAAAUUGAUUUAAAAAACAAGGAAAAAGCCU